AUGAACCUGCUUGCUGUGAUCUCCGUGGUGAUAUCACCAGGGCCAAUGUAUAUCAUGCGGCAAGGUCGAUCAUGGGAGGCCCCCCAGAGUCACCAGCAGCAAAGCAACGGAGCGGGCUUCCAUUUGGACCACGUUGCAGGGGCCCACGGUCUUUCGAUGCACCUUGCAUUUCCCCGGCACCACGGCUUCCCGUUAAGGCAUUCCGCAUCGAGGCGGGAUCGUAGACGACCGUGCCGCGGGCGCCAGACUCUCCGAGCAAAAAGAUUUGGAAGCGGGACCCCUGGUUCAACCGUGCGGAAUAUAUUCGAUAUCGCAGCUGCAAGGCCCAUGGCACAUAUAUUGGCACGUCGAUACAAAUGCCCAAGCAGCGGUCGUAUGAUUAGGGUUCGCGCGGAGAUUGGCGUUCGUAACCCGAUUAUCGGGUCGCAGGAUGCUGGCGACAAUGUGGAAAUUAUUGACAUGUCGUCCAGCUUGGACAAGAUCCCCUUGUCCAGCUUUAUGCGAGUGAUAUGCUGUGUCAACGGCUAUCUUGUACAACGCGCAUCCCACGUUGACCGAAUGUUUUGGUUACGGCGGAUGUAUGGACCUUGCAGGGCGAACAAGUGA